AGUGCAGGUGGAGGGUUAAUAACUGCUGCUGCUGCUGCGUAAAACGUUCCGCCCGGAGAUAUUUCAUUCUAGAGAGGAAACUUUACUGCAACUGCCAACAUGCCUAAAUGCCCCAAGUGCAGCAAGGAAGUGUACUUUGCCGAGAGAGUGUCAUCUCUGGGUAAGGACUGGCACAGACCCUGUCUGAAGUGUGAGAAAUGCAAUAAAACCCUGUCUGCAGGCUCCCAUGCGGAGCAUGAGGGAAAACCAUACUGUAACAAACCAUGUUACUCUGCACUCUUCGGACCCAAAGGAUUUGGACGUGGAGGCACAGAGAGCCACACAUUUAAAUAAAUCUCAGGUGCAGGCUUUAGGUUUCCUCCCUCUAUGACCCAGCAGUGGAAAGGACACCAUGCUGCAAGCAUUUUUAUCUAUAGAUAGCUAAACCAAAGAAAAAAGUGACCAAACCAUGGCCCUCUGUUUAUGGGCAUACUAUUUUGUGUUCUGAGCAAUGAGGGCUGAUUUCCGAGCUCUACGUUAAGGCUGAAUUUAGACAAAAAUGUUUUUUCAUUGAUUAAUGUCCUCUUCCAUGUACAUUUUAGUCCAAAAACCAGCCUUAAUGCAGUGUAAGAAAUUAAGCAAGGUAGUUUAAUAUACAUAAAACCAUGAAAUGAUGUUUGGGAUAAUUCUGAAGCUCUAUACAAAACAAUUUUUGUAAUUAAACAUUUGAGUUG